AUGAACACCACAUAUGAAAACAGUGCCAUCGAAACCAAUCUUGAGUUGGCCGAAAAGACCGAUAAUGUCUCCGCGGAUUCUGAAAAUGAUUCAGUCCAAACGGAUAACUUUCUCAUUGGAAUCGACUGGAACGAUGAGGAGGAUGAUGUGUUUCAACAGGACACUGUUGACAAAAAAUCAUGUGGUCCAGAAGUCGGAAGCUACUCUAAGGGUUUGAGCAUGUGCACUUGCGAUUUAGAUCAUGGACAGCGUCUCGACACGAACUGGAGCGGCUUGGGUAGCUGCGCUUUGGGAAAUCCAAAUAUUUCUGUUUCGAAGUUUGGAAAUCUUGGAAGCUAUGAUACUAGCUCUGCUGAAUCAAGGUGUACCGUUGUGGGCGAUGAGGGUUUGAAAGAAAAUGUUACACCAUUCUCUUUCAAAUCUUCUUUAGAGAAAAGGGCGAAGACGGUCGUCCGGAAUACAGUGGUAAGACAAGCUAUGGAAAUCCAGCGACGUCGUCUUCAUGCAAAGAUUUCCCGAAAACGCGAAGCUGUCCACUCAGUCACUCAACAACUCGAGGCAAUGAUUAAAUUUGAAGCAAAAGACCCUGCACAAGAUGGCAACAACCAACACGGAGGACAACCCAUGUACUCGCCGCUCUUCCUCUAUUCUGUGCAUUUUCAAGAAGCAAAUGUUUGA